GACGUAAUCUUCCACACUGCAGGUUUAACAAUUCUGUUCUCAUUUUCAAUGUGCCUGCAUAUAGGCAGGUGAGGUCCAAUGUCCAGUAUGCACAAGAACAUUUCCAGGGUCAGACAUAGAACUACAUGCAAGCUUCUGCGGUGAAAGGUGAUUGUGUGUCAACUUGCAUUACGUAUCUUUGUUAGGGUUGCUCGAAUUCCUAGGCAGUUCCAAGAUGGCUCUGUGUUCAUUAUGGUUAUAAUGGAUUUUUACAUAAACAUAAAAUUAUAUUUAUCUCACAGGUCAGAUGUGAGGUAAUAGACAAUAAUCUAGAACUGUAUGUGUAAAGGACAAGUAUAAAUUAAUUCCUUUUGUUUUUAUAUUAGUAUGGGAAAGGAUCUUUGCCAGCUUGACACAGUCAAGACAUGCUCCGAUCUGGAUCAUAUAUCAUGUGAGGAAGAUGUUCUUUAUUGGGUAAAGGCACAGAUAGACUGUAGCAAGACCUUCGAAAUCUGUGUGGCCAGAGACAAUAUGGUUGAAAGAGGUCUUAAACUCUGGAAGCGUCGAAAGAAUGGCGGUCCAGUGAACCCUUUGAAAGUCUCCUUCCUGGGAGAACCAGGGGUUGACACUGGAGCACUAAAAAAAGAGUUCCUGUCCACAAUGGUUGCUGGGAUCGAGAAGCGACUAUUUGAAGGCGAAAGUGAGAAGGGCAAAGUACCAAAGUAUUCCCUCAACGAUUUGGACAAUGAACUGUUCAAAGUUGCGGGUGAAAUACUUUGUGUGAGCAUUGCCCAAGGAGGACCAGCACCACGGUUUAUGCAGGAGUGGUGUUACCACUACCUCGUCACUGGGAACCUUAAAACUGAUGGUGUGCAUGACAUGGAGUCGUCACCACUUAUCAAAACGAUUGAAGAUGCAUCUGACCUGUCCCUCUACAUUGAAGAAAUCCUGGAUUGUGGCUACACUGGUCAAAUCAACAUUGACUAUAAGGAAAGCAUAUUAAGGGCUAUUGUACUGCAUGUGACCACAAAACGCACACCAAUGCUGCAACAGAUGCGUGAAGGCCUAGAAGUGUACAACCUGAUCAAGGUCAUGCAGAUAAAGCCGAAUGAGUGUCGCAAUCUCUUUGUCGUAGGGGCUGAUGACAAGGUGGACUCUCAUUAUGUUUUAUCACACCUGGCCCCAGAAAUGAGCCCAGAUGGUUCGACUAAACACUUGAAGGAGUCCAAAAUCUUGGAAUACUUCCAAGAUUUCCUACUUGAAAUUGAGGACACACAACCAGAAAAUGAGGUUGAAGGAGAGACACCCUCUGUGCCCAUGGUGAUGCAAUGGAUGACUGGGCAGGCACACAGGCAUUUGCUUGUCUCAGAGAGACAGAAAUUCAAAAUAGCCAUAGUAUUUGACCACAACUGUCUAGAGCACAUGCCAGGCCACACUGUAUGUUAUCCUGUUGUUAGUGCUUGCACCAACACUGUUACACUUCCAACAGCUCAUCUGGGGGAUUACGAGUCCUUUAAAACCAACUUGCAAACUGCCAUUAAAUAUGGUGCAAGCUUUGACAGACUGUAGCUAGUAAACGCUACUCUGCUCUAGUCUACUCUGUUCUACUUAGUUUGUUCAUCUAGUCUUUUCCUAGCCAUGUCUAAUAAUUCUCUUGUCAGUUCAGUUCCUGCCACUCCCCCCUUGCCAUGACAUCACCUCGUGUUUGUGUUAAAUCCUGUUCUAAGUAAGCGUGCGUAACAGACUCCAAACCUAAUGUUUUAGCGUUUUAAAUAAUGUCAAUGUUAAGUCCAAUUGUCAUUGCGAAGAGUGUAUAUUAAUGUGGUUCAAAACAAUAUGGCACACAUAUUGACAAUGUUCUGUUCUGAUUGAAUAAAAAAAAAAUAUAUAUA